GAAAGGAAGGGGAAAGAGGGAAGAUGGGGGAAAACAGAGAACAGGAAGGGAGACAGAGGACGAAGGAGAAGAAGAGAGGGGGAGGAACAACGCUAUGGAGCUUGGUGCCGCUGCCGAGCUGCUGUCGCAGAGAAGAAAGGGAGAGGCGAACGUGACCCACGGAGGAGAGGAAGGAGCUGCCGUCGAGCCACGCCCCGUUGCCAUUGUUCGUGUAUCGCCGUUGCCGUUCGCUGAGGGUGAGACGCGAAGAGAAGAUGCUGACCUGCACCAUCGUGCCUCGCUAUCUUCGUCGAGCCUUCAUCAUUGUUGCUCCCUAUUCCGGUUGCCAUCAGGGUUUGCUGCCGCUGCCAUUGAGAGUGACGCAGCAGAGGAAAAGUCGUUCCUCUUCCGCCGCCGUCGCCGGAGACCUUGGUUGCUGCUGUUCAUAUGGCGACAGGUUUGAAGACGCAAUUUGAAGCUGCGAGCGAUCAGUAGGCUUUCUUUAUGGUUUUAAUUGCUUUCAUAGAGUCCCCUCGCUAUUGUCCUUUGAGAUUUUAUUUUACAUAGAGGGGUAGGUUUAGUAUAUUGUAUUUGAG